GCGCACGGCAUCGAAGAACGCCCACCGACACAACAACCGACCAAACAGAGUUGUGGCCGGAGUCGCCCGCGCCUGCAUAGCACCAUUCGGCAUCCGUCGCACAAGUAGUAAACAGCCACUGCUGAGCCAUGACGGCUCACACCGACCACCCCAUCACAACGCCGCCGCGCGCUCCGUCGCCGGUGCAUGGCUUCGGCACUCUGGCGGUGCAUGCGGGGUCCCCGCACGACCCCUCCACGGGCGCCGUGAUUGAGGCCAUCUCGCUAUCAACCACGUUCGCCCAGACGGCCGUCGGAAAGCCCGUGGGCGAGUACGAGUACAGCCGGAGCAGCAACCCCAACCGGAACAACUUCGAGACCAUGGUGGCUGCUCUCGAGCAUGCCAAGUACGCGCUCGCCUUCUCCUCCGGCAGCGCCGCCACUACCGUGAUCCUGCAGUCCUUGGCCGCUGGCUCGCACGUCAUUUCCGUCUCGGACGUCUAUGGCGGCACCCACCGCUACUUCACCCAGGUGGCCAAGGCCCACGGCGUCAAGGUGACCUUCACGCCCGAAAUUGAGGUUGACAUCCGGGAGCACAUCACCGAAUCGACCAAGCUCGUGUGGAUCGAGACCCCCAGCAACCCGACGCUCCGUCUCGUCGACAUCCGCGCCGUCGCGACACAGGCGCACGAGCACGGCAUCAUGGUGGUGGUGGACAACACCUUCAUGAGCCCCUACAUUCAAAACCCGCUGGACCACGGCGCCGACAUCGUCGUGCACAGCGUCACCAAGUACAUCAACGGCCACAGCGACGUGGUCAUGGGCGUGGCGGCUUUCAACAGCGACGAGCUGCACAAGCGGCUCUCCUUCCUGCAGAACGCCCUCGGCGCCGUCCCCUCGGCCUUCGACUCGUGGCUCGCCCACCGCGGCGCCAAGACGCUGCACCUGCGCGCGCGCGAGGCCACCACCAACGCCACGGCCGUCGCCCACGCGCUCGAGGCCAGUCCCCACGUCAUCGCGGUCAACUACCCCGGGCUGGACUCGCACCCGCACCGGGCCAUCGCCAAGAAGCAGCACCGCAACGGCAUGGGCGGCGGCAUGCUCUCCUUCCGCAUCCGCGGGGGCCACGCCGCAGCCGAGCGCUUCUGCCAGCUGACCAAGAUCUUCACGCUGGCCGAGUCGCUGGGCGGCGUCGAGAGCCUCUGCGAGGUGCCGAGCAGCAUGACGCACGCGGGCAUCCCGCGGGACCAGCGCGAGGCGGUCGGCGUGUUUGACGACCUGGUGCGCAUGAGCUGCGGCGUUGAGGACGCCGAGGACCUGAAGAAGGACGUGCUCCAAGCGCUGGAGCAGGCGGUUGCGGAGACGGCGACGGCGGGCAACGGCGUUGGCGGGUCUAAUGGGACGAACGGGGUAUAAAAAAAAGGAAGGGAGGUAAAAAGGGUUGAUCCAAGGCAUCUC